AUGCUUAUACCCAUUGCAUGCAUGAUCAUGCUUGGGGUGGCCUUCACGACCAUGCAUACCAACUUGAGCAUGAAAUUUUUCGACGUCCAGAGGUCCCCUCUGAAGAAUCAACGUGUAGUGGAUUUGGGCUGUUACUCUGGGGGAUGGUCACAAGUGGCAUUGAAGAGGACGAGAGUUGGCGAGUCAAAUAGUAUGGUAGUAGGAGUUGACAAGGUUCGCAUGGACGCACUACAAAUGCAUACCUUCGUCCAAGGGGAUAUAACCGAACCGUCUACUAUAGAUGCAGUGAAGAGAGCACUUGGAGAAAAUAAGAAGGCUCACGUCCUUCUCAGCGACAUGGCCCCUAACGUUACUGGCAGAAGAGCUGAUGACCACCUUGAGAUCACUGAGUUGAACAUUAAGACGAUUGAUGUCAUGGAGAGCGUCCUUGGCCUUAAGGGCUGGCUUGUGAUGAAAACCUUUUAUGGACCGGAAACUCAGAAGUUGAGAACAUUCUUGGAAUCUCGCUUCUACAAGGUUCGUGCGUGCAGACCCCAUGCUACGCGACCAGAGUCGAGGGAGGUUUAUUUAAUUGCAAGUGGCUAUCGCGGGAGAGGGGUGCCUAUAGCCUCUGAAGUGAACGAGCGUGCCCGCGUCCGGAAAGAAGGAUGGGUUCUCGAACAGCCGCCGAAG